AUGGCAAUAGCAAAGAAGGAUGACAAACGCAGAUGGUCCGUUAAAGACGAUGGAAAUCGUGUCUUUAUUUGCGAACAGUGGAUGGUAAGAAGACAGAGGUCGUUUGUUCGGGAACGGUGUCCGGACGAUAACGGGCGCUGGACGUCAGUGCGCACUGGAUUAGGUCUUAGCCCUGAAAAAGACUGUUUGAACAACUGCUGCUACUGCUGGGUCCCGUCAGCUGCUGGGCUUGAUCGACUUGACUGGGCGCGUCAAAGUCGCGAAUCAGGGAGGCUUCCUGCUCCCCCGGGCCGGCUAAAAACCGCUGCGAAGUCUCGGGGAUCUAGAUAUGACGGUGAAAUACUGUUACAUAAAUUACAAUUACCAAUCAAUCUAUCUAUCUAUCUAUCUAUCUAUCUAUCUAUCUAUCUAUCUAUCUAUCUUCUCUCUCAACCUCUUUAUCUCUCUUUCUGUCUCUAUUUCUUUAUAUAUGUAUCUCUCUCUAUCUCUCUUUAUUUAUCUAUCUCUAUCUCUCUCUUUCUUUCUCUCUCUAUAUAUAUUAUGCUUUCUCUCUUUCUCUCCCUCUCUCUUUCUCUCCCUCUCUUUCUCUCCUUCUCUCUUUCUCCACUUUCUCUUUUUCUCUUUUUUUCUAUUUCUUUCCUCUCUCUUUUUAUAUCCCUCUCUCUUUCUCCACCCUUUCUCUCUCUACUCUCUCUUUCUGUCUCUCUGUCUCUUUUUUCUCUUUCUCCAUUUCUUUCUUUCUCUCUCUCUUUCUUCAUUUCUUUCUUUCUCUCUCUCUUUCUCCAUUUCUUUCUUUCUCUCUCUCUUUCUCCAUUUCUUUCUUUCUCUCUCUCUCUUUCUCUUACUUUUUCUACCUGUUUCUCCCUUCUCUUUUCUCUCUCUCUCUUUCUCCCUUCUCUCUCUUCCUAUCAACUAUUUUUCUCCUUCUCUCCUCUCUCUCUUUUUAUUUCUCUUUCUCCCUCUGUCUGUACGUUGUUUAUCUAUCUAUCUAUCUAUCUAUCUGAUCUGUCCAUAUCUAUCAAUCUAUCUAUCGAUCGAUCUAUAGAUCGAUCUAUCUGCUCUGUUCAUAUCUAUCUAUCUGAUCUGUUCAUAUUUAUUUAUCUCUCUGAUCUGUUCAUAUCUAUCUAUCUAUCUAUCUAUCUAUCUAUCUAUCUAUCUAUUUCAACAACUACCUGA